CAAAGAAACCUGAUAUUAGGUAUAUAUAAUGGCAUAGAUAGGAUAUAGCGCGGGGCGCGACAUGCUCAGCGCAAGGGUUAGGCACGUACGCGACGCCAGAGGGAAGGGAUGAGGGGAGGGGGACGAGAAGGGGAGGGGAUUGUACGCGAAGUGGCAGGCGGUGCGGAGGAAGCAACACACCGCAACCCCGUCAAGCCAUCGCUUGACGUGAGACCCGUGGGGACGCCUGCGAGGGGGGACGCGAGCUCGAUGACGAUCUGCACGCGCAGCUCGUGCAGCGCGCUCGCCGUACACAAAGUGCGCGCGAUCGCGCUUGAGCGGGUGGGGGAAGGGGGCACGCGCGACGGAACGCGUGGACCAUGCGCCGCGAGCAAAUGCUCGCGCGUGCUUGGCGCUCAUGCCCUCCCGCACCCUUCGCCCUUGCUUGCGCGACACCGUUCCCUCCCUUGCGCGACCCCCGUUUGCGCAGCCUGCCCCUCUGCACAUCGAUGACGCACGGAGCGCGCAGCUACCUGACGCUAGCAGCGGCUUGGUACGCUGGCGUUGCCGAGCGUAAUCAAGCCGGACGCGUUGCCCGCAGUGGGAAGGCCCUGCGGUGUCUGCGCGCAGCCAGCGAGGCGCGGGAUCGCCAUGAAGGCGAUUCAGCAUGAGAGAAGGGAAAAGGACGACGGGGGAGGAGAGACGUGUCGUGCGACGCGUCUAUGGGGUGCAGGGGAGGCAAUAUAGCAAGAGACGAGUCGGCUAGGGGGAGCUACGGGGCCUAGACGAGCUCCCCGCGCCCCCAGACAUGGCCUGAGGGCAGAAAUGACAGAGAAAGGGCCCUAUUCAGCCCCUCUUCUCGCCGUCGCGCAGUCUGCGCGUCUUUCCCCCACCCUCCGUCCGUCAUGGAUACAUGUGAGUCAGUAGGAAUCAAGGUGCGGGGCGUAUUGACGCACCUG